GUCCCUGAGCCGGGCGCCCACCAUGCCGCGAGCGCCGGCGCCCGCGCCCCUGUACGCCUGCCUGCUCGUCCUUUGCGCGCUCAUACCCGGGCUUCCAGGUCUCAACAUAUGCACGAGCGGCAGUGCCACCUCCUGUGAAGAGUGUCUUCUAAUCCACCCAAAAUGUGCUUGGUGCUCCCGGGAGGACUUCGGCAGCACCCGCUCCAUCUCCUCCCGAUGUGACUUGAAGGCCAAUCUGAUCGGAAAUGGCUGUGGAGGUGAGAUCGAGAGCCCAGCCAGCAGUACCCACGUCCUGCGAAGCCUGCCCCUCAGUAGCAAGGGCUCGGGCCCUGUGGGCGCUGACGUCAUCCAGCUGACACCGCAGGAGGUGGCCAUGAACCUGCGGCCUGGUGACAAGACAACCUUCCAGCUGCAGGUGCGCCAGGUGGAAGACUACCCCGUGGACUUGUACUACCUGAUGGAUCUCUCCCUGUCCAUGAAGGAUGACCUGGACAGCAUCCGAAACCUGGGCACCAAGCUUGCCGAGGAGAUGCGGAAGCUCACCAGCAACUUCCGCCUGGGGUUCGGGUCUUUCGUUGACAAAGACAUCUCCCCUUUCUCCUACACGGCGCCGCGGUACCAGACCAAUCCAUGCAUUGGUUACAAAUUGUUUCCCAACUGUGUGCCAUCCUUUGGGUUCCGCCACCUGCUGCCCCUCACCGACAGAGUUGACAGCUUCAAUGAGGAGGUUCGCAAGCAGAGGGUGUCCCGGAACCGCGAUGCCCCUGAGGGCGGUUUUGAUGCUGUGCUCCAGGCUGCUGUCUGCAAGGAGAAGAUCGGCUGGCGGAAGGAUGCGCUGCACCUGCUGGUGUUCACCACGGAUGAUGUGCCACACAUUGCGCUGGAUGGGAAGCUGGGGGGCCUGGUACAGCCACAUGAUGGCCAGUGCCACUUGAACGAUGCCAACGAGUACACCGCAUCUAAUCAGAUGGACUACCCCUCGCUGGCUUUACUCGGAGAAAAAUUGGCUGAGAACAACAUCAACCUCAUCUUUGCAGUGACAAAGAAUCACUAUAUGCUCUACAAGAAUUUUACAGCUCUGAUACCUGGAACCACCGUGGAGAUUCUACACGGAGACUCCAAAAAUAUUAUCCAGCUCAUUAUCAAUGCGUACAGUAGCAUCCGGUCGAAAGUGGAGCUGUCGGUCUGGGACCAGCCUGAUGACCUCAGUCUCUUCUUCACUGCCACCUGCCAGGACGGUGCGUCCUACCCAGGCCAGAGGAAAUGUGAGGGCCUGAAGAUUGGGGACACGGCGUCCUUUGAGGUGUCGGUGGAGGCCCGCAGCUGCCCUGGCAGACACAUUGAACAAGCAUUUACUCUGCGACCAGUGGGCUUCCGAGACAGCCUGCAGGUGAGGGUCACCUACAACUGCACAUGCGGCUGCAGCAUGGGGCCGGAGCCCAACAGUGCCAGGUGCAGUGGAAACGGCACCUAUGUCUGCGGGCUAUGCGAGUGCGACCCUGGCUAUCUGGGCACCCGGUGCGAGUGCCAGGAGGGGGAGAAGCAGAGUGUGUACCAGAACCUGUGCCGCGAGGCAGAGGGCAAGCCACUGUGCAGUGGGCGCGGGGAGUGCAGCUGCAACCAGUGCUCCUGCUUUGAGAGCGAGUUUGGCAAGAUCUACGGGCCAUUCUGCGAGUGUGACAACUUCUCCUGCGCCAGGAACAAGGGCAUCCUCUGCUCAGGCCAUGGCGAAUGUCACUGCGGAGAGUGCAAAUGCCACGCGGGAUAUAUCGGCGACAACUGCAACUGCUCCACAGACAUCAGCACAUGCCGGGCCAAAGAUGGGCAGAUCUGCAGCGAUCGCGGGCACUGCAUCUGCGGGCAGUGCCAGUGCACGGAGCCGGGAGCCUUUGGAGAAAUGUGUGAGAAGUGCCCUACCUGCCCAGAUGCUUGCAGCACCAAGAGAGAUUGUGUCGAGUGCCUGCUGCUUCACACGGGGAAGGCAGACAACCAGAGCUGCCUCCACCUGUGCAGGGACGAGGUCAUCACCUGGGUGGACAGCAUCGUGAAGGAUGACCAGGAGGCUGUGCUCUGUUUCUACAAGACCGCCAAGGACUGCGUCAUGAUGUUCACCUACACAGAGCUGCCCAGCGGGAAGUCCAACCUCACCGUCCUCCGGGAGCCAGAGUGUGGCACAGCCCCAAACGCCAUGACCAUCCUGCUGGCCGUAGUGGGCAGCAUCCUCCUGGUGGGCAUCGCGCUCUUGGCCAUCUGGAAGCUGCUUGUCACCAUCCACGACCGCAGAGAGUUUGCAAAGUUCCAGAGUGAGCGUUCCAGGGCCCGCUACGAAAUGGCUUCCAACCCUCUGUACAGAAAGCCCAUCUCCACCCACACUGUAGAUUUCACCUUCAACAAGUUCAACAAAUCCUACAACGGCACGGUGGAUUGAUGCUUCCUUCCCCGGAGGACCGAGGGGACUUGUGACAAAGACUGAAGCGCCUUGUCAGCUGUGCCCCUUCGUGGUAGCUCUCCUGACAGGCCAGCAUGGAGACACCUUUCUGGGGAGCCCGGGUGUGCACAGGACAGACACUGCAUGCGCAGGAGAGACUCACCAUGUGCAUAGGACAUCCACUGUGUGCACAGAAAAGCACCCACUG